AUGUAUCAUGUUAUUAAGUGCGAUGUUUUUCACCGCGAUAAUAAUCUUCGAAACAAUCACUUCUUUUAUAUAAAAGCGGAAAUGAAAAGCUAUCGAUUCAGUUUCGAAUCAAAAUCUAUUGUGUGUUGCGAUGGAUUCACUACCUACAACAGUACUUUUAUUGUUCGUGUCGAUAACGGUUGCGAGUGCGAGCACUCUAAAUCUAAGAUGUCCCGGCCAUGUUCUGGACAAUGCUGUAAUACCCAACCCGAAAGAUGUAACAAAAUACUACAAAUGUCACCCGUCUAGAUAUUUGAUUGAAAUGCAAUGCAGUCCAGGAAUGGAGUUUAAUGCUCAUCGUGCAAUCUGUGUGAAGUCAGCAAAUUAUGUGAAUAUCGUGAAGCAAAUUGAUGACGAUACGACACCGUGCCCUACUACAACUCCGUGUGCAUGUCCAACAGAACCACCUUGUGAAACAACGACCACCACAACUACGCUAUGUCCAUGUCCAACUCAACCACCUUGUCCAACAACAACGUCGCCACCAUGUGAUGAAACAACAACCCAAGAUCCAGACGUCACAACAACAACCCAAGAUCCAGGCGUAACAACAACAACCCAAGAUCCAGGCGUAACAACAACAACCCAAGAUCCAGGCGUAACAACAACAACCCAAGAUCCAGGCGUAACAACAACAACCCAAGAUCCAGGCGUUACAACAACAACCCAAGAUCCAGGUGUUACAACAACAACCCAAGAUCCAGGUGUUACAACAACAACUCAAGAUCCAGGCGUUACAACAACAACCCAAGAUCCAGGUGUUACAACAACAACCCAAGAUCCAGGCGUCACAACAACAACUCAAGAUCCAGGCGUUACAACAACAACCCAAGAUCCAGGUGUUACAACAACAACCCAAGAUCCAGGUGUUACAACAACAACCCAAGAUCCAGGCGUUACAACAACAACCCAAGAUCCAGGUGUUACAACAACAACUCGAUGCCCCGAAGAUGACUGCAAAGAAGGUGAUCGAGAGACAACUCGUGGCCCUCCAUCUGUCACACCAUCGCCUCCAGAUUAUUGCCAAAGUGGAGAAGAAGAUGAUCUAGAUAGGCCUAUUAUUACAACUCCACCUCCAUGCUAAAAAGCAGCAUCUUUUGCGGAAAGUUGUUGGUUUAUAUUAAGAAAAUGUCACGAAUCGAAACUAUUAUAAACGAAUAUUAUCAAUCUCAUGAAAAUACAUUUUGAAUUAAUGUGCCGAUUGGUAUGGAAGUAAA